UCAAAAUGUAUAAUAUGUACAGGCCACCCUGUGAAACCAUACCUUUUAAAUCGGCAAGUUUUCGGCGUGCUUUUCAUUCAAACAUUUUUUCGGUCUGAGAAGCCUGCAUUUAAAUUAUUAACAAUGGAAGCGCCUCCAGAGGGAAACAUCGAAGUCGAGUCUUGCAACGAAGUCGAUGAUGACAAAUCGAAUUCCGACUGCCAAUCCAUGCCGGCUUACAUGAAUUCGGUGCUACGACGACAGUAUUUGCAAGAAAUGGUCAAAGCGUUGCCAGCAGCCGUUCAAAAGAGAAUCACCGUUUUGAAAAAUUUGCAAAUGGAUCAUUUGAAGUUGGAGGCAGCUUUCUUUGAGGAGGUCUACAAGCUGGAGAGGCAAUUCCAAUUAAAGUAUCAACCCAUGUUUGAAAAGCGCAAGGAAAUUGUUUCCGGCGCCGUCGAUCCAGCUGAAGAGAAGCCAAAAUGGAAGGAACCCGAGAGUCUGCCCGAUGAAGUUGUUGGCGAUGCCUUCAACGAGUCGUUGAAAGCAAUUAAGGCAAUGCCUCAGGAUGCCAAGGGUAUCCCAGAUUUUUGGCUGACAGUUUUCAGAAACACAGCAAUGUUGUCCGAAAUGGUUCAGUCUCACGACGAGCCGGCAAUUCGCAAGCUCACGGACAUUGUAAUUAAGUAUGAUGAUGAACAUUCUUACAUUUUGGAGUUUCAUUUCGAGAAAAAUGAAUUCUUCUCGAACACUGUGCUGACAAAGCAAUACUUCCUAAAAUCCACUGUUGAUGAGGACGAUCCAUUUGCCUUUGAAGGUCCAGAAAUUUAUAAAUGCAAGGGAUGUGUCAUAAACUGGGAGAAAAAAAUGAAUUUGACAGUUAAAACCAUCAGGAAGAAACAGAAGCAUAAGGAACGUGGCGCCGUGCGCACAAUUGUCAAACAGGUUCCUACAGAUUCCUUCUUCAAUUUCUUCAAUCCACCAGAAGUUCCAACCGACAAGGAAGAUAUCGAUGAUGACUCUCAGCAGAUACUAGCUACCGAUUUUGAAAUCGGCCACUUUUUGCGGGCUCGAAUUAUUCCAAAAGCUGUGCUUUAUUUCACCGGUGACAUCGUCGAUGAUGAAGAUGACGACGAUGAAGAGGAAUACGAGAAUGAAGAUGAUGAAUACGACGACGAUGAACCCGAGGGUGGGCACAGCAAACCUUCUGGUGGCAGCAAAAAACAGUCGCCAAACGACUGCCCUAAUCAGUAGGGAAAUAUAUAAUAUUUGAUGUUUCAGUAACUUUGUAUAUAAGUAUACACACAACACACACGCAUAUUUAAAAUAUAUUUUGGUGAAUACAAAUUUCAAAGAUUGAAAAUCAA